UCGGAUGUCGUCUCCCCGGACCGGAUGGUGUUCGUGUAGAGGAAGUUUUGUUUUGCGAGUUUUCCGUCCGAUACGGCUGACUGAGUGUUUAGCUUAAGCUCUAAAGAGAACACGAAAUGGUAGUAGUGUGAACUUAAUAACGGGCAACCGCACAAGUGUUGACGGAGAGCAUAAAAGCUCGAGGUGUUGAAGCGGCGGAAGUCAACACUUCAGAGUAACACGAGAGCACCUUGCUGCUAAGCUAGCGUUAGCUUCUGGUUUGCGCUGUGUUGAAGGGGCUCUCUGAGCUAACGAAGCCAUGGGGAACCGGGGCAUGGAAGACCUGAUUCCCCUGAUCAACAAGCUUCAAGACGCUUUCAGCUCCAUUGGCCAAAGUUGCAAUUUAGACCUUCCCCAGAUUGCUGUGGUUGGAGGACAGAGUGCUGGGAAAAGCUCAGUCUUGGAAAAUUUUGUUGGCAGGGACUUUCUUCCACGUGGAUCAGGCAUUGUUACCCGCAGACCUCUCAUUUUGCAGCUGGUCAACAAUAAAGCAGAAUAUGCUGAAUUCCUGCACUGCAAAGGGAAGAAGUUUGUGGACUUCGAUGAGGUGCGGUCAGAAAUUGAGGCCGAGACCGAAAGGAUAACGGGCUCCAACAAAGGAAUCUCCCCCAUCCCAAUUAACCUGAGGGUCUACUCCCCAAACGUGCUGAACCUGACCCUGAUCGACCUCCCGGGCAUGACUAAGGUUGCUGUGGGAGAUCAGCCUUUAGACAUCGAGCACCAGAUCAGGGACAUGCUCAUGCAGUUCAUCACCAAGGAGAGCUGUCUGAUCCUUGCCGUCACCCCUGCUAACACCGAUCUGGCCAACUCAGACGCACUCAAGAUCGCCAAGGAGGUGGACCCGCAGGGUAUGCGAACCAUUGGAGUUUUAACAAAACUGGACUUGAUGGACGAAGGGACGGACGCAAAGGACAUCCUGGAAAAUAAACUUUUGCCACUUCGUAGAGGCUACAUUGGUGUGGUGAACCGCAGUCAGAAAGACAUUGAUGGGAGGAAGGACAUUCGUGCUGCACUGGCUGCAGAGAGAAAGUUCUUCCUGUCCCACCCUGCCUACAGACACAUUGCAGAGCGUAUGGGCACACCCCAUCUACAAAAGGCACUCAACCAGCAAUUAACCAACCACAUCAGGGACACCCUGCCUGGUCUGCGCAGUAAGCUGCAGAGUCAGCUCCUCUCUCUGGAGAAAGAGGUGGAGGAGUACAAGAACUUCCGUCCGGAUGAUCCAACACGCAAGACCAAGGCCUUGUUGCAAAUGGUGCAGCAGUUUGGUGUAGACUUUGAGAAGUGCAUCGAGGGCUCGGGGGACCAAGUGGACACCAAUGAACUGUCAGGAGGCGCCAAAAUCAACCGCAUCUUCCAUGAACGUUUCCCAUUCGAACUGGUCAAGAUCGUGUUUGAUGAAAAGGAUCUACGGCGAGAAAUCAGUCACGCAAUCAAGAACGUCCAUGGUGUCAGAACGGGGCUGUUCACUCCAGACCUGGCGUUUGAGGCCAUCGUGAAAAAGCAGAUCGUUAAGCUGAAAACGCCCUGUCUCAAAUGUAUCGAUCUGGUCAUUCAGGAGCUCAUCAACACAGUCAGGCAGUGCUCCAACAAGCUCAAUUCCUACCCCAGACUGAGAGAGGAGACUGAGAGGAUUGUUACCUCCCAUGUCAGAGAAAGAGAAGGGAAGACUAAGGAUCAGGUUCUGCUGUUGAUUGACAUUGAACUGUCCUACAUCAACACCAACCAUGAGGACUUCAUAGGCUUUGCUAACGCCCAACAAAGGAACACGGCUGCAAACAAGAAGAGGGCCAUACCCAACCAGGGUGAGAUUCUGGUGAUCCGGAAAGGCUGGUUAACCCUCAACAUCAGCAUCAUGAAGGGAGGCUCCAAAGAGUACUGGUUUGUCCUGACUGCGGAGAACCUGUCCUGGUACAAGGAUGAGGAGGAGAAGGAAAAGAAGUAUAUGCUUCCUCUGGACAACCUGAAGAUCAGAGAUGUUGAGAAAGGAUUUAUGUCCACAAAGCACAUUUUCGCAAUCUUCAACACAGAACAGAGGAAUGUGUACAAGGAUCUUCGCCAAGUAGAGCUGGCUUGUGAUUCCCAAGAGGAUGUGGACAGCUGGAAAGCCUCAUUCCUAAGGGCAGGAGUUUAUCCAGAGAAGGACCAGGCAGAGAAUGAAGACGCUGCCCCUGCAGACACAUUCUCUAUGGACCCUCAGCUGGAGCGGCAGGUGGAAACCAUCCGCAACCUGGUGGAUUCAUACAUCGGCAUCAUCAACAAAUCCACCAGAGACCUCGUGCCCAAGACCAUCAUGCAUCUCAUGAUCAACAGUGCAAAGGAUUUCAUCCACUCGGAGCUGCUGGCCUACCUCUACUCAUCUGGAGACCAGAACAGCCUCAUGGAGGAGUCAGUCGACCAGGCCCAGCGGAGAGACGAAAUGUUGCGCAUGUAUCAUGCACUUAAGGAGGCACUGCACAUAAUUGGCGACAUUAGUACAAGCACCGUCUCCACCCCAGCACCCCCACCUGUCAAUGACACCUGGAUGCAAGAAGCCAGCCCAACCCCUCAGCGCAGGCCGCCUGCUGCUGCUGCACCGCCCCCCAGCCGCCCACCUGCUGUUCGGGGCCCAACACCAGGACCACCUCUGAACCCUUCCCCUGCUUUCGGAGCUCCUCUUAACCCCUCUCCCGCAUUCGGUGCGCCACCAAUCCCCUCUCGCCCAGGCCCGGCCAUGAAUGCCUAUAACAGUGGCCAGGAUCCCUUCAGUGCACCCCCACAGAUCCCCUCCAGGCCAGCCCGAGUCCCACCCGGUGUGCCUAGCCGAAGACCCCCUGGCGCUCCUUCUCACCGGCCCACCAUUAUCCGCCCUGCUGAGCCCUCCCUGCUAGACUAGACCCGUGGCCCAGUCCACCUAAUUGUGUGUGUUUUGUGUGUGGGUUUGUCUAUCUGCACUCUAAAAGGCCAGAGGCGGGGACUCGAGGGGAGGGAAUCAGACUUCUAGUGGUGCAGUUUGUGCAUUGUCCAGCCGCAUUAAUAUGUCUCUUCAAGCAAUGUAAUAAGCUGCUCAUACCGUCUUUAUCAGCGCACAUGAAUGAGAGGAACGCCUUAACCACUUGAAUAUAACAUUCGAUUGCUGUGGAAAUGGUUCAUGACACAUACAACGCAGCUGAUUUCUGAGAUGCAUUUAGCUUCUAUCGGUAGCAGAUGAUGUAUCAAAUUCAGUUCAAGCCCUUUUCUCAUAGAAACAGCUGGUUUAUUUCUUCCAGACAGAAUCUCAGUCAAUAACUUAUUAACAGUUACAUGCUUUCUUUCCUCCCCCAGACCUUUUGUAAUUGGUCCAGAAGCCCCAGUCGAAUCUCUGUAAUAUACACACCUUAUGUGAUGUCAGUGUUUUACUGGGUUUUCAUUUCCUAACUGAUCUCAUACGGAAAAAACGAAAGCUUCUAAUCACUGUUGUGGUGUCCAUCACAGUUUUUCCCUUCAGUUAUUUUAUCCGAGUGACUUUGUCCUUUUAAAUGAAUUUAAUAAACGUAGCUUUAAAAGAAAUCCUAAUCGCAGAAAGAAAAAAACAAAGAGUAUAGACACGCGGGGCAGGGUUGUGUGAGACUGAGAGAGUAUCUUUAAUCCCCUUUUUUUAAAUUAUUCAUCCAAGAUGAAAAGAUGUCAAACAGAUUUACUGUUUCAUUUCCAGCACUUCUAACCCAGUUUCCUAUCCCUUCCCAACAAACCGGACAUUACAGGGAUGUUGUAGUCCCUUACCAGAACACUAUGCACAGAAACCCGAGAGAGAGACUAAAGACUGUCUGCACUUUGUUGGAAGCUUUCUCUCCGCUAAUUUUGAGUUGAUAAAGCCUCGAAUUGUAAUCCCUUUAGUCUCAGUUGAACUCCAAUGGGUCUUUCAGCUUUCAGGUGGAAUUCAGUCCUGUUCAUUCCUGGAUUAGAGCAGAGCACACAGCACAGAUUCAUUUUCAGAGAAGAUCAAACUCAGUGAAGUGGGAGGGGGGGUAGAUGAAGAUCUGAGGUUUAGAGUAUAAAGAUGGUUUUAAGCAUUUAGGGGUCGGCACAUCUCUCUCUGGGUUUAGUUGUCAAGACAUGUAUUAUUAUCACUUCUGCUUCCUUGCAUUAAAAUAACAUUGUAUAUAGCGGGACUACUCUGGGGAGUGAGCACUUGCAUCUCAUUUUAAUCGCACGGCGGUUGAUGACAAAAACAUGCUUCUUUUUAUAAUCAAAGCCCGAUAUGUUGAACCAAUAGUUGCCCCGUUAAAAGAAGCUCUAACUCUGUUGUUGCAUUGAUUAGCCUUGGAUGUAGAGGGGGAAAAGAUCGGUUAUCUACUGGUGCAUUAUUUAUAACCUGGGCAUUUGUCUUUCUUUUAAUGUUUUUGGUUGCAAUUAAAUCAGCUCUGUACAACUCCGCUCCCCAGCUUCUCCUAGACUGUUAAUCAAGGCUUCUUCUACAGGGAUGAGCUGUCUAAGUGUUUUGUACGUGGGGGGGAGGGGGGGCACAUUGUCUACACAGCUGUGUUUUUUCUUUUUUGAUAACAAUGAGUAUAUUAUGAUUGCUCUUUGAGGGUAUUUGACCAAUUAAAAACAACUUUAAAAGCAGGGAGCGGCGUUGGGGCUACCAUGAUGUUUUGUGUUUUUGGUUUGAUCAGUAGUGGUGGUGAACAGGUGGUGGGGAUUGUUGGUGUUUGAAGGCACACCCUGACUAGAGAGGCAGUCUGGACUUUUCUCUCCUCUCACUUCAGAGAGAAGUGUAAUCAGCCAAUCUGACAAGAUAAGAAACUUAAAAAAGAACAAAAAACAGAACUGUCCAAAUCCAGACUCUCCAGACAGCGUGUGCUUUUUCUUCCCCUGUGUUUUUCUGUGCAGGUCUGGCUUUCAGUGACAGUGCCUGAAUGAGCUUAACAAGCUCUUGGAAAAAUGUUCCCCUUUACAUAAGUUCUUCCACAAAGACCUAGUAGGCAAAUCUAAAGUAGUUCUUGAAGGAAAAUUCCUUAUUGGCCAAAGUUUGUUCAAAAUCCCAUGUGCCUGUCAUGUUAGCCUGCCCCUGUGAAGCCUGGACUCUAAAUACCCUGUGAUACAUUAGGUUGUGGUGACACUGCCUCCCUUCCUAAUGGAUGUACCCUGCUCCUUCCUCUUUCCCUCCCCUGCCUGAAUUUGGUAGAAGGGGUUGGAAACCAACCUGCAAAAAAAAAACAUUUUCUUUUUGUUUUGCAAACCCUUGUCAAGUGCCUCUGUAGCAAAAUAAUGAUUUGAAUAAACAUGAACUGAUUUAGUACGGCGAGUAAAUAAAGAGGUGUUGUGUACAAUAAAGGGACUGGCUCUGGUG